AUGGCAUCCCAUGGAUCAUGUCCUUCAAUAAAGAACAUUCUUCUUUUAGACUCAGAGGGAAAGCGUGUGGCAGUUAAGUAUUUUUCAGAUGAUUGGCCUACAAAUAGCUCAAAACUAGCUUUUGAGAAAUUUGUGUUCGGCAAGACUAUCAAGACAAAUGCUCGCACGGAAGCUGAGAUAACACUACUCGACAACAACAUCAUCAUUUACAAAUUUGCACAAGACCUGCAUUUCUUUGUCACCGGAAGCGAAGAUGAAAAUGAGAUCAUUUUAGCUUCAGUUCUUCAAGGUUUCUUUGAUGCAGUCACUCUUCUGUUGAGGAACAAUGUCGACAAAAGAGAGGCACUUGAGAACUUGGAUCUCAUUCUUUUAUGCCUUGAUGAGAUUGUUGAUGGAGGGAUGAUACUUGAAACAAAUGGACCACUUAUUGCUGAAAAAGUUACCUCACACAACAUGGAUUCUGAUUCCCCUUUGUCUGAGCAGACACUAACUCAAGCAUGGGCUACUGCCAGAGAACAUUUGACAAGGACCCUUUUAAAAUGAUGUUUGAGCACCAUAUCGCAUUGAAUGCUGUUAUAGGGGUUUUUUGGUUCUGCAUUUCUGGUUUUGUUUGUCUACAUUUGAAUGGAUUAAUUUAUCCUAAAUAACCAUGUAGUGCCAAAAACAUGGAGUGAAAUAGUGUCAUUGAAUCAAAUUGAGAAAAUAAAUUUAGAUAGCCACAUCUGUACCAAGUAGUCGUCAUUACUGCAAAGUGGAGAUCAUUCAGGGGAAUCAGGAGAUAGAACUGCAUA